UCCUACUCUAGAAGACGCGGCCAUUUACAAGGCUUGGGGCAAAGAUGAUAACUCACCUGCAUUGAUGAUAUACAACAGACGGUUUUUACUAGUAUUUUCAGUUAUAUUCGGUUUCCGGUUUAAUCAUACUGAGCGGGAUCAGUCCGAUGCUUCCGAAGUAUACCGGCCGCUAGUCGGGAGACAUGCAGAGGACUAUUGGCGUCCAUACCGUGUUCGCUUAUGCCUCGCUCGUCCUUAUACGAAUAUUUUCAACAUCACGUUAAGAGUCUCGUCGCUAAUUCCUCUGUCAAUGAGGCAUUGUCCAGGAUUACGAGACCCAUGUUCGAUUCGCUGUGCCCCCUAUUACACAUCGACACCUGUCUCACCGCUACUAAACUACCCACAACGUGCACGCCUGUUUUCAUCGUCGGUCAUCAUCGCACAAGCCUACCGGCGGCGUCAUUAAUGGUAGAGUGGCAGAGUAGUUAGGCUUCAAGGGACCAAUGGGUUCUAGAUUAGGUCGCUAUGCGAUUCGACUUGUUGGCCGUAGACCGACCUAGGUCAAGCGAAAGGCGGGUUUCGAGGUUUAUAAGCGGCCAAUGAUGUUAUUCGUAUCGGAAAAUCAACUUCUCUCGUGUACAAUAUGAUGAUCAUAAC